AUGGGGCUCCUCGUGCUCAGGGCUAGAGCUCAGACAUCAGACUAUGGGCCGGAGGAGAAGAAAGGGAAGGCGGGAUUCUGCGUGGCGUCUCCCAGAGGGCUGUAUGAGCCGCCGUGCCUGGUGGCCUGCGAGGGGGACAGCGAGUGCCCCGGAGAUCAGAAGUGCUGUGAAUUUGCUUGCAACUAUCGCUGUCUGCCCCCCAGCAGAGAGAAGCCCGGACUCUGCCCGCCCCCUCUGUUGAAGAAGCUGCAGGGCCCUUUGUCGUGUGAGACCUCCUGCGAAGGGGACGCCUACUGCAGGGGGCCGGAGAAGUGUUGCGAGACGGGCUGCGGCCGCGUUUGCAGGCCGCCUCUGGCAGCUGCUGCCAGCACCAGGAUAGACCUGAUCUUCUAUGACUCUGAAGAGUUGGAGGUGACCUUGAAGAUCACCUAG